UAACAAACGGCUUUUUGACAGUUGUCCGUGUUCGUUCACCUUAAAACUCUUAACAGUUUCUUUAAAAACGCGCUGCCGACGCUUUAUUUCACGAUGUGACUUCUGACAAACAGGACAGGUUCGGAAAAACGGUCUUCCAGCUGUUAUGAACAACUAUGAGGUCAUCCGUCAGGUUGGAGAGGGUGCGUUUGGUAAAGCCUUCCUGGUUCGAGACAAAGGGGGGGGUGGAGACAGACAGUGUGUGGUCAAACAGAUCAACCUCAGAAAGAUGUCAGCGAGGGAAAAGGAAGCGUCCAAGAAAGAGGUGACGCUGCUGUCGAAGAUGAAACACCCGAACAUCGUCACCUUCAUCACGUCAUUUCAAGAGAGCGGCGGCCUGUUCAUUGUGAUGGAGUACUGUGACGGAGGAGAUCUGAUGAAGAAGAUCAACAUGCAGAGAGGAGUCGCCUUCACCGAGGAGCAGAUCGUGGACUGGUUUGUUCAGAUCUGCUUGGGCCUCAAACACAUCCACGACAGGAAGAUUCUCCACAGAGACAUCAAAGCUCAGAAUAUCUUCCUCACCAGCGGAGGGAUGAAAGCAAAGCUGGGGGACUUUGGAAUCGCAAGAAUGUUGAAUAACACCAUGGAGCUGGCCAGGACCUGUGUCGGGACACCAUACUACCUCUCCCCGGAGAUCUGCGAGAGUCGGCCCUACAACAACAAGACGGAUAUCUGGUCUCUGGGCUGCGUCCUGUAUGAACUCUGCGCCCUGAGACAUCCAUUUGAGGGCAGCAGUCUGCGGCAGCUGGUCAGUAAAAUCUGCAGGGGGCGCUACAACCCCGUACCCAGCCGCUACUCCUACGACCUUCGCCUGCUGGUCACCCAACUCUUCAAGGUCAACCCCCGGGACCGUCCAGUCAGCUCUGUCCUCAGCCGUCGCUUCCUGGAGACGCACGUCCACAAGCACCUGGACCCACAGGCCAUGCAGGAGGAGUUUAGCCACAUGGCGCUGCAUCGAAACAGAGCAGCAGCGUCUCAGGCCGCUAAAACAAGAGCAGCAGCUGCAGAGAAGAUACAGAAGUCCAGAGCUGCAGAGGGACCCGGGGCCGGCCCGAAGAGACCGCCUGCUAAACCAGAGUGGAGAGUCCCGCUCAGAGCCUACACCCCUGCCCACUACAAACCUCCUCAACAAAGAGCGGCGCGACCGGCGGCAGACAGAGAAGCUGCGGGUCAGCAGAACCGAAGGUUUAAUGGGCAGCAGCCAGUCAGGCAUUAUCAGCACUACCACGCCCAGCUGGACGGCUUUCAGAGGAGGAACAAGGAGGACGUCCCUCCUCCACCUCCUCCUCCUCCACCAGGAGAGAGAGAGAAGGAGAGAUGUGAAGACCAUGUGGUGGAACCAUACCAGCUUGUGGCUGCAGCUCGUAACGAAUACCUGCAGAGGAGACAGGAGGCCAACCAGUACAAGCUGAGAGCAGAGAAACAGCUGGGUCUGCGUCCGUGUACAGCUGAGCACAACAGGAAGCCCGGCGGACAGGAGCAGGAAGCGGGACAACCUGAAUGCCAACAUGCGCCCCAGGACAGGCGGCACGAGGGACAGCAGACGUACCUGCGUCAGCUGGAUCUCAUCAGACAGCAGUAUCACCAGGAGAUGAGACAGAUGAGGCUGAGAGCUGGAGAGGCUCAGCCACAACACAAACAAGGAACCUUUGCAGUGGAGAAACCCAGAGUCCCAGAACCUUCUAGAGAGAAAGAGCAGCUGGUAGCCUCACCUGCACAGGACAUUGAAGCAGCUCUGAGGCAGAUCAGAGAGCAGAACAGAGAUCAGAGGAGGGCGCUGGCGAGAAAACACAAAGACCAGAAGGGAAUCAUGUUCGAGAUCCGGUUAGAUGACGAAGGGAUGAAAGAGGAUGCAGAAAAGGAGAAAGAGAAGGAGGAAGUGGACCCUCUGAACCAGAGGCUGAGCUUCCAGGAGGGAGAGGAGUUGAAGUUCAGGGAUUGGUCGGAGGGGAGGAGGGGGUGGAGCCAGAGGACUCCCCAGACUCUGCUGGACGCACUCGCCAACAUGGACGUAAACUCCGUCUACAACACGGCGGUCGAGGCUGAACAAGGUGAGGAGGCGGCAGGUCGCAGGCAGUGGGUCGACCGCCGACCCAACACCCUGCUGAACGCUCUCGCUCAGGCUGAACUCACAUCUUCAACUCUGGACUCUGAGACUGCAGAUUUAGAGCCAGAGAAGGAUAGAGCAGGAGAGGAGGAGGAGGAGGAGGAGGAGGAGGAGGAGGAGGAGGAGGAGGACUCUGAUGUGGAGAUGGAUGAAGACCGUCUGGAGCCGCGGUCAGACGAUGACGACACGUGAAACUUUGAGGAAUCAGAGGACGAGCUGAGAGAAGCGGUGGCGGACUCCAUGAAGAACCUGUUCGUCACGGAAGACGGGAGCUCGGACGAGGCGGAGGACGCGGAGGAGAGGGCGGCGGUGGGUGAUGGGAUCGAGGAGAAUCGGGAGGUCCAGGGUUUAGACGUCACCGCCGGACCGACCGGAGUCGUUUCUUCCGAGUCUAAAGAACAUGACGGUCAGUCCGAGAGUUCAGACAGGAACACAGCUUUAAAUAAGCAGACUUCCUGAAUUGACCCAAACCUACACUGAAAGUCUGAAGCUCAAUUCAUUCUUUAACAGGAAAAUGAUAACACACAGGAACUGUUAGGACAUACGUUCAUUGGCUGCUUUCACAUCUGGAGAGCCCGGUUCACUUGUUUUGGACCAAGGGGAAACAUUUUUUACAUGGUUGUAUUUUAGUUCUGGUCUGGUUCACGUUCACACGGCAGUUUUACAAACAAACCAAGAGGAGUAAACAUGAAGUCAUGCAGACAGACAGGUGACUCAUCGACGGCUUUGGCUGUCAAUCAAACUCCAGUGACUGACAAACGUUUACGCAGCUUUAAUGCUUCUGAUGUGUAUCGCAAAGAGCUCACGAAGAAACAACUCAUUGAAAGCAUUAUUAGUAAUAUUAGACCGUAAAUCGACCACAUGUUCUGAAUGAUGACGGCGACACAGGAAGACGAGAACAGGAAUGAUUCUGGGCUUAUUCCUGUCACUAAAUGUUUUAUGGACUUAAUGAACUGACAGAGUACCUGGAGUUCUUUUUUAACUGCUUUUGACCCGUUAAUCUGAGAAAACACGCUGACGUGUAUCCAAGGUGACCAAAUCGUUUGCAUAAAUGUAGAUCAAUUACAAGAUCGCUUCCUGAACACAUUUCCACGAUCAGCAGGACUGGAUGGACUUAUUAGUGGUUCAGCUUUUGAAAUAUCCUCAGAUCACAAAUCUGCUAUCAUGAAAUCCUGUGGUUGGUUCAUUUGCACCAGAGUUUGUUUGAUUGCUGCGUUCACACCUGCCCUAACGAACCGCACCAAGGGGAAAAACCAACUCUAGUGGGAUUCAACCAAACUAAAUGAGGAAGUUGUGAAAGCCCCCUGAACGUGGGAUUUAUUUACUAUUAGAAAAAUAUAGAAUAUCAACUGAGUUAUUCUUUAACAUCAGCUUCAGUGCAGGUUUGACUUCUUCCGAUUGUAAAUCUUUACUUUUGUUCAAUGGAAGCUGUUCUCUAAUGUGCAGCAGUAAUGCGUGGACCCUCCCUGUGCUGAAACUCUGUUUCUUGCCACAAGUCGGCAGCAAACAACAAGCAGUUAAUAUGAAGUGUUCAAUGAUUGCAUUUAUUCCAGUAUUGUUCAAGUGGAAUUUCAUUUUCUCAGUGAAACAAACUCAGAACGUCCUCUCUGCACAGGCAGAUGUGAUAAUAGUAAUAUUGCCUCUUUCAAAAUAAAGAUUCUUAUAAGAUUUUA